AUGACGGAUCACCUCGAGGACCAAGCGAUGGAGAUCGAGGCCCUGGAGUCGAUCCUCAUGGACGACAUGUCUCUCGUCGACGGCGCCGAGGCCAUCCCGGGCGCGACGCACGCGCCGUGCUACCAGAUCGUCGUCUCCCCGCUCGGCGACGGCGAGGAUGAGGACGCGGACGACGAGUCCCAGCGCGCGCGCUUGGGGCUCGUGUUCUCGCACACGCCGUCGUACCCGGACGAGGUCCCGCUCCUGAAGUGCCGCAGCGUCCACGGGCUCUUCGACGCGGAGCUGGUCGCCGUUCACGCCGCGCUGACGCGCGCCGCGGAGACGAGCGUCGGGUGCCCGAUGAUCUACGACCUGACGCAGGUCGCCAAGGAGUGGAUGCGAGACCGCGCCGGGGUCGUGGACGUCGUCGAGGAGACCCCGGAGCAGAUCGCAUCGCGUCUGGAGGAGGAGGCCGAGGCGAGGCUGCGAGCGAUGCGCGCGACCGGGACGCCGGUCACGCCGGAGACGUGGCGCGCGUGGGAGGAGCGAUUCGAAGCCGAGGAGACGCUCGCGCGGCUUUCGAAAGGAUUUCACGCGCGAGGGGGCGCCGGCGGCGACGCGGCCGCCGCGGAGACGCCGCCGUCCGCCGCGCCGGGCAAGAUGAAGAUGACGGGGCGGAGGUACUUCGAGGAGAGGACCGCCGCGCAGCUGGACGUGGAGCUGGACGGCGGCGAGGGCGAUCGCGAGGGCGGCGGCGGCGGCGGCGGCGGCGGCGACGACGACGACGACUUCGCGUUUUCGGACGACGACUUCGACGACGACGACGAUGCGCUCGCGGCGUGGCUCGCGGCGCGCGGCGGCGAUGGGGACGGGUCGGAGAACGAGGAGGAGGAGGACGAGGACGAGGACUACGUCCCGUCGUGA